GCGCGGGCGGACUAGCCAGACUCACCGGCAGGAGUGGGUGUAGCUUGCGCCCGAGGACGGGGUCUGGCCGCUGAGGCCGGUUCAGGAUGAGGACGCGCUGGGCGACUCCCCGCUGCGCGGCGGGGUUCCUCUUGCUGCUCCUCCGGUGCUUGGGCCGUGCAGAGCCCUCUGGCCCCACAGGUAAUGACCCAUUCACCAUCGUCAAUGCCAACACGGGCAAGUGCAUCAAGCCACUGAAUGACUGGAUUGUAGCAAAGGACUGUCAGAAAACCGGGGACAUGUUGUGGAAAUGGGUGUCCCAGCAUCGGCUCUUUCAUUUGCAAUCCCAGAAGUGCCUCGGCCUAAAUAUUACCAAACCAUUGGAUUCCUUGAGAAUGUUUACCUGUGACUCGACUGCCAUGCUGUGGUGGAAGUGUGAGCACAACUCUCUGCAUGGUGCUGCACAGUACAGGCUGACUCUGAAGGAUGGACAUGCAAUAGCAAGUGCAAAUUCAUCUGAUGUCUGGAUGAAAGGAGGCACAGAGGAGAGCCUUUGUGACCAACCUUAUCAUGAGAUGUAUACCAGAGAUGGGAACUCAUAUGGAAGGCCUUGUGAAUUUCCAUUCUUAAUUAAUGGCACGUGGCACCAUGAGUGCAUUGUUGAUGAAAAUCAUAGUGGUCCAUGGUGUGCAACCACCUUAAAUUAUGAAUAUGAUCAAAAGUGGGGCAUCUGCUUAAAACCAGAAAAUGGCUGUGGAAAUAAUUGGGAAAAGAAUGAGCAGAUUGGAAGUUGUUACCAAUUUAAUACCCAGGCAGCUCUUUCUUGGAAAGAAGCUUAUAUUUCAUGUCAAAAUCAAGGAGCUGACUUACUGAGCAUCAACAGCGCUACUGAAUUAGCUUAUCUUAAAGAAAAAGAAGGCAUUGCUAGAAUUUUCUGGAUUGGCUUAAAUCAACUGUACUCUGCUAGAGGCUGGGAAUGGUCAGAUCACAAGCCAUUGAACUUUCUCAACUGGGAUCCAGAUAUGCCAAGUGCACCUACUAUAGGGGGAUCAAGCUGUGCAAGAAUGGAUGCUGAGUCUGGUCUGUGGCAGAGUUUUUCCUGUGAAGCUCAACUGCCCUAUGUCUGCAAGAAACCAUUAAAUAAUACAGUGGAGCCAACAGAUGUUUGGACAUAUUCAGAUACCCGCUGUGAAUCAGGGUGGCUGCCAACUAAUGGAUUUUGCUAUCUGCUGGCGAAUGAAAGUGAUUCCUGGGCUGAGGCACAUGCGAAAUGCAAAGCCCUCAGCAGCGACCUCAUCAGCAUUCAUUCUUUGGCAGAUGUGGAGGUUGUUGUCUCAAAACUCCAUAAUGGGGAUGCCAAAGAAGAAGUAUGGACAGGUCUUAAGAGCAUAAAUAUACCAACUUUAUUUCAGUGGUCAGAUGGUACUGAAGUUACUCUAACAUAUUGGGAUGAGAAUGAGCCAAAUGUUCCCUACAAUAAGACUCCCAACUGUGUUUGCUAUUUAGGAAAGCUAGGUCAGUGGAAAGUCCAAUCAUGUGAAGAGAAACUUAAAUAUGUAUGUAAAAAAAAGGGAGAAAAAAUAAAUGAUGCAGGAUCUGAUAAGAUGUGUCCUCCAAAUGAGGGCUGGAAGAGACAUGGAAAAACUUGUUACAAGAUUUACACGGAUAAGGUCCUUUUUGGAACCAACUGCAAUCUGACUAUAACUAGCAGGUUUGAGCAAGAAUACCUGAAUGACAUGAUUAAAAAGUAUGAUAAAUUUCAAAGAACAUACUUCUGGACUGGUCUGAGAGAUGUAGACGCACGUGGAGAGUACAGUUGGGCAAACGUAGGUGGAAUAAAGCGGACUGUAGCCUUUUCCAACUGGAAUUUUCUUGAGCCAGCUUCUCCAGGCGGGUGCGUAGCUAUGUCUACGGGAAGGUCACUUGGAAAGUGGGAGGUGAAAAACUGCAGAAACUUCAGAGCACUUUCAAUUUGCAAGAAAAUAAGUGGACCCCCUGAGCCUGAGGAAGCAGCCCCCAAGCCUAGUGACCCCUGUCCUGAAGGAUGGCAUAGUUUCCCCUCAGGUCUUUCUUGUCGUAAGGUGUUUCACAUACAAAGAGUUGUGAGAAAGAGGAACUGGGAAGAAGCUGAAAGAUUCUGCCAAGCACUUGGGGCACACCUUCCUAGCUUCAGUCAUAUGAAUGAAAUAAAGGAAUUUCUUCAAUUUUUAACAGACCAGUUCAGUGAGCAGCGUUGGCUAUGGAUAGGUUUGAAUAAAAGGAGCCCAGAUUUACAAGGAUCUUGGCAAUGGAGUGAUCGUACACCAGUGUCUACUAUUUUCAUGCCAAACGAGUUUCAGCAGGAUUAUGACAUCAGAGACUGUGCUGCUGUCAAGGUCUUUCAUAGGCCAUGGCGAAGAGGCUGGCAUUUCCAUGAUGACAGAGAAUUCACUUAUUUAAGGCCUUUUGCUUGUGAUGCAAAACUUGAAUGGGUGUGCCAGAUUCCAAAAGGCCGCGCUCUAAAAAUACCAGACUGGUACAAUCCAGAGCGUGCUGGAAUUCAUGGACCUCCAGUUGUAAUUGAAGGGAGUGAAUAUUGGUUUGUUGCUGAUCCUCACUUAAGCUACGAAGAAGCCAUCCUGUACUGUGCUAGCAAUCACAGCUUUCUUGCUACUGUAACAUCCUUUGCAGGACUAAAAGCCAUCAGAAACAAAAUAGCAAAUAUCGCUGGUGAUGAGCAGAAGUGGUGGGUGAGAACUACUGAGCAGCUACCAGAUCAUCCUUUUAUAUACUCACGUCGCCCAUGGUAUCACUUUCCUGUGACGUCUGGAGAGGAAUGCUUGUACAUAUCUGCCAAGACUUGGCUCAGAGAUUUAAAUAAGCCAGCAGAUUGUAAUACCAAGUUACCCUUCAUAUGUGAAAAAUAUAAUGUAUCUUCAUUAGAGAAAUAUAGUCCAGAAUCUGCAGCUAAAGUACAGUGUUCUGGGGAUUGGAUUCCUUUUCAGAAUAAGUGUUUUCUAAAGAUCAAACCCAUGUCUCUUACAUUUUCUCAAGCAAGCGACACUUGUCACGCCCAUGGUGGCACACUGCCUUCAGUAUUGAGCCAGACUGAACAAGACUUUAUUACAUCCUUGCUUCCGGAUAUGGAAGCUACUUUAUGGAUUGGAUUGCGCUGGAAGGCCUAUGAAAGGAUGCAGAAAUGGACAGAUAACAAAGAGCUGACAUACAGUAACUUCCACCCAUUAUUGAUUGGGCGGAAGUUGAGAAUACCAGGAAAUAUUUUUGAAGAAGAGUCCUACUAUGACUGUGCUCUAAUACUCAACCUUCCAAAGUCACCUUUUACCGGGACAUGGAAUUUUACUUCCUGCAAUGAACAUUACACUAUGUCUCUCUGUCAGAAGUAUUCAGAAAUCGAAAGCAGACAGACCUUGCAGAAUACUUCAGAAACUGUAAAGUAUCUAAACAAUCUGUAUAAAAUAAUCCCAAAGACACUGACUUGGUACGACGCACUAAAGGAAUGUCUAAAAUAUAACAUGCACCUGGUGAGCAUCACCGACCCCUACCAGCAGGCGUUCUUGACCGUGCAGGCUGUCCUUCGAAACUCUUCUUUAUGGAUUGGACUCUUCAGUCAAGAUGAUGAACUCAACUUUGGUUGGUCGGAUGGGAAACGUCUUCAAUUUAGCCGCUGGGCUGAAAAUAACCAGCAACUUGAAGACUGUGUAAUAUUAGACACUGACGGAUUCUGGAAAACAUCUGAUUGCAAUGAUAAUCAACCAGGUGCUAUUUGCUACUAUCCAGGAAAUGAGACUGAAAAAGAGAUCAAACUAGUUGAAAAUAUUAAAUGUCCAUCUCCUAUUCUAAAUACUCCUUGGAUUCCAUUUCAAAACUGUUGCUAUAAUUUCAUGAUAGCAAAGAAUAGACAUAUGCCAAAAACACAAGAUGAAGUUCAUUCUCAAUGCCAGAAACUGAAUCCAAAAUCACAUAUUCUGAGUAUUCGAGAUGAAAAAGAGAAUGACUUUGUUCUUGAGCAACUUCUACACUUCAAUUAUAUGGCUUCAUGGGUAUUGUUAGGUAUAACUUAUGAAAAUAAUUCUCUCAUGUGGUCUGAUAAGACCAUGCUGUCAUAUACAAACUGGAGAGCAGGAAGACCAAAUAUAAAAAAUGACAAGUUUUUUGCUGGUUUGAGUACUGAUGGCCUCUGGGAUUUUGAAACUUUUAAUUUUAUUAAAGAAAGACUUUAUUUUCACCAGCACAGCAUUAUUGCUUGUAAAAUUGAAAUGGUUGACUACAAGGAGGAAUAUAAUGCUACUCUGCCACAGUUUAUCCCAUAUGAAGAUGGUAUUUAUAAUGUUAUUCAGAAAAAGGUAACAUGGUAUGAAGCAUUAAACAUGUGUUCUCAAAGUGAAGGUCAUUUGGCAAGUGUUCAUGACCAAAAAGGCCAGCUCUUUCUGGAAGAUAUUGUAAAACGUGAUGGAUUUCCAUUAUGGGUUGGGCUUUCAAGUCAUGACGGAAGUGAAUCAAGUUUUGAAUGGUCUGAUGGCAGCAUGUUUGACUAUAUCCCAUGGAAAAGCCAAGAAUCCCCUGGAAAUUGUGUUGUCUUGAAUCCAAAAGCAGGUUGGAAACAUGAAAAAUGCAACUCUGUUAAGGAUGGUGCUAUUUGUUAUAAAGCUACAAAAUCUAAAGAGCAGCUGUCUCAUAAAUACUCAUCAGGAUGUCCAGCAGCAAAAGCGAAUGGAUCACAAUGGAUCCAGUACAAGGAUCACUGUUACACAUUAGACCAGGCAUUGCACACUUUCUCAGAGGCCAAACAGUUAUGUCCAGAACUUGAUCAUUCUGCCACUAUUGUUACUAUAGAGAAUGAAGAUGAGAAUAAAUUCGUGAGCAGACUGAUUAGGGAAAAUCAUAACAUUACCAUGAGGGUGUGGCUUGGAUUAUCUCGACAUUCUACCGAUCAGUUUUGGAGUUGGUUAGAUGGAUCAGUAGUGACAUUUGUCAAAUGGGAAAAUAAAAAUAAGAUUGGUGGUGGAAAAUGUACCAUUUUGUUAGCUUCAAAUGAAACUUGGAAAAAAGUUGAAUGCUCACAUGGCUACGGAAGAGUUGUCUGCAAAGUUCCCCUAGACUGCCCUUCAUCUAUCUGGGUUCAGUUUCAAGACAAUUGUUACAUUUUUCUUCAAGAAGCCAUCAAAGUAGAAAGCAUAGAAGAUGUCAGGAAUCAGUGUACUGACCAUGGAGCAGACAUGAUUAGUAUACACAAUGAAGAAGAAAAUGCUUUUAUACUGAAUACUUUGAAAAAGCAAUGGAAAGGCCCGGCUGAUAUAUUACUAGGAAUGUUUUAUGACACAGAUGAUGCGUGUUUCAAGUGGUUUGAUAAAUCAAAUAUGACCUUUGCUAAGUGGACAGACCAAGAUGAUGGUGAGGAUCUAGUUGACACCUGUGCUUUUCUGCACACUAAGACAGGAGAAUGGAAAAAAGGAAAUUGUGAAGUUUCUUCUGUAGAAGGAACACUUUGUAAAGCAGCUAUGCCAUAUGAAAAGAAGUAUUUAUCAGAUAACAUUUUAAUAUCAGCCUUGGUGAUUGCCAGCACAGUCAUUUUGACAGUUUUAGGAGCAAUCAUAUGGUUCCUGUACAAAAGAAAUUCAGAUUCUGGUUUUACCACAGUUUUUUCAAGUGCACCCCAAUCACCUUAUAAUGAUGACUGUGUUUUGGUAGUUGCAGAAGAAAAUGAAUGUAAUGCUCAAUUUGACUAAAUUUUUGGUAAUCUCAGAUUAAGACAUCAAAAGUAUUACCUUAUCAGUGAUUCCUGUGUAUGAAUAUAAAAUUGAAAAUUAUAGUUUUUAUGGUACAUUUCCUUGUUCAGUAUUAUUUUCCUGUAAUAACUGUGUCAAAAUUAAUCAAGUUCAUUAAAAAACAAGAUUUUAGGCAUGGAAUGAUCUUAGAUAUAAUUGUGUGGUUUUAAGCCCCUCCUCCCAUAUACAAGAUCUUUCACUUGAAUGAAUGAAAGCUUAAAGCCCAAGUAAAGCAGAUAAAAAUCAAAGCCCAGUCUGCUUGUCUUACUUGUUCUAGCUUCCCUUCCAUUUAGUGAACCAC